AUGAAAUGUAAAAAUAAACAAAUAGCAUUUAGUCAAAACAAACUUGUGAACCAACAACAACAAUUUGNUGUUUUAACAAAACUUGAUUUAAUGGAUCGUGGAACAGAUGCAUAUGAUGUUCUAUGUGGACGUGUUAUUCCGGUUAAAUUAGGUAUUAUUGGUGUUGUUAAUCGAAGUCAAGAAGAUAUUCAUAAGAAAAAACCAAUUGAUGAUGCAUUACGAUAUGAAUCUGUUUUUCUUCAAAAGACUUAUCCAUCUAUUGCUAAUCGUAAUGGAACAUCAUUUCUUGCUAAAACAUUAAAUAGAUUACUAAUGUACCAUAUUCGUGAUUGUUUACCAUCAUUAAAAACUCGUAUUAAUCAAAUGGUAUCUCACUUUCAAACACUUAUUAAUUCAUUUGGUGAACCAAUUGAAGAUAAAGGUCGAUUACUUCUUCAAAUCAUAACAAAAUUUGCUUCAAAUUAUUGUGCCACUAUUGAAGGCACAGCGAAAAAUAUUGAAGUUUCAGAAUUAUGUGGCGGUGCACGAAUUUGUUAUAUAUUUCAUGAAACAUUUGCACAUGCUCUUGAUUCAAUUCAUCCAUUAGACAAUUUAUCUACAUUUGAUAUUCUUACAGCAAUACGAAAUGCUACUGGUUCAAAACCUGCUCUAUUUGUUCCAGAAAUAUCAUUUGAAUUACUUGUCAAACGUCAAAUAAAACGUUUAGAAGAUCCGAGUUUACGUUGUGUUGAAUUAGUACAUGAAGAAUUACAAAGAAUUAUUCAACAUUGUGGUGCUCAACAGGAAUUUAUUCGUUUUCCACGUUUACAUGAAAAAAUUGUUGAUGUUGUUACACAUUUAUUACGUCGUCGUUUACCCGAGACAAAUCGUAUGGUAGAAAAUCUUGUUGGUAUUGAAUUAGCGUAUAUUAAUACAAAACAUCCUGAUUUUCAUGAAGCUACAGUUAUUCACAGAGCGUUAACUGGUGGAAAUAAUAUAGCAAAUACAAAUCAAACACAACAUAAGUCCAAACAUGAUGAUCGAAAUAACGAUCAAUCGACAUCAGGAAAAUCAAGUUCGAUAAAUCGAACAUUAACUCAACGUAAUGAUGGUAAUGAACCACAGGCUAAUGGUGUACAUUCUUCUUCAUAUCUAUCGAAUGCUACUCUUACUUCUCCAGCAACGAUGUCGAUGGCACCACUAGGCGACGGAACAACUAUCAAUGAGCGAAAACUUUCAUCACGUGAAAAAUGUGAUUGUGAAGUGAUUGAAAGAUUAAUUCGUUCAUAUUUUUUAAUUGUACGGAAAAAUAUUCAAGAUAGUGUACCAAAAGCUAUCAUGCAUUUUCUUGUUAAUUUUGUCAAAGAUCAACUACAAAGUGAACUUGUUGCAUUAUUAUAUAAAACAUCAGUUAAUGAACAUGACGAAUUACUUAAUGAAUCUAGUCAUAUUGCACAACGACGUAAAGAUGCACAAGAAAUGCUUGAUGCAUUACAGAAAGCAAAUCAAAUAAUAUGCGAGGUACGGGAAACUCACCUGUGGUGA